ACGAACAAAAACAAUCUCGAUUCAAUACACAAUGAGUAAGAAUAUGAUAACAUCUAAUCCGGCAUUGAAAGAUCACAAGCAGAUGGAAUUAAACGAAGAAUGGAAUAACUUUAUGAAACGAAUCGGCGAAGUAUCGACCCUUGUCAGGGAUCUCGCGAGCGGUGACAAGAUCAAAUCGGAGGCUGCCAAAGCAAUAGCUGAUCAGUAUCUUGAAGGGAAAAUUGUAGUCGAUGAAGAUGUGAAGAUGACGAUAAAAGAAAAUCGAACGUUGAUUAACCAAAAAGCUUUUGAAACGUUCAAAAAUAAUGAUACAGGAGAAAUAGAUAAGGAUGCAUGGAUGGCAGAAGUAAGCAAAGAUGCUGAACGUCGUGCGUUGGAUAAAAAGAUACGUCAAGAGAAGGCGGAUACAUUAAAAACUCAAGCCGUUAAAGCAUUUCGUCGAGGCGAAUACGACAGAGCACUAUCUUGUUACAAUCGCGCAAUAGAACAAAUCAAAGACAACCCUAUGUUGUACUGCGACCGCGCAUUAACUAAUAUUAAACUCGAAAACUUUGACAAGGUGAUUAACGACUGUGAGUGGGCUUUACGACUGAAUGAAAACAGCUUCAAAGCUCGUCUCUAUACAGCGAAAGCGUAUAAGGAAUUAGAGGAAAAUGAUAAAUUCGAAAAAUGUAAAACAGAAUUAAAAGAAAUAUUCCCCCAACAUGAAGAUCUUGUUAAAUACUUUUUGAAUGAAGAAGACCAAUAAAUCAAAUGAAAGAUUAGGUCCAAAAUGUAGAAGAUAAUCUGCAUUAGAGGAUUGCACCAAUUUAUCUAUAUAAUUAUAAAUAUACCUUCUAUUUGGUAAUAGAGAAAUUUGUUUUUACGUAAUGAGAUAUUCAAAAUUAAAUUAUCUAUAGCGAUU